UUCAGCAGUUGUCCUGCUCAUAUAAAAAGCGGGAAUGGCAGAGACUCAAGUUCAAAUGCUUCAUCAGCGCUGAGAGUCCUGACUGCUUCUUUAAGAGAUUUUUAUCGGGACAUUCAUCUCCAUUCAGCCAUGGGAGUUGCAUAUAGCGUUGGAGAGGUUGACCACCUCUACACAUUCUUUGCGCAGUGGUCACCAGAGGUCUGCCACAAAGGCGACAAGAACCAGUGGAAACCGCAUUACGUCAUCAAAGACAAAAAUCAGAACCACAUUCUGGUUGUGGAGAAGGACAUCGCAGCGAUCAAUAAGAUCCUCAGCAAGCCCAUCAACACUGCUGCUAAAAAGUGGGAGAUCAUCACUGUGAAAGACUCCAAACGCCGCCAGAGUCUGUGCAGCUCAGACGACUCUGAGGCAGAAGAACUCAGUUACCACGAUGUUCUCCCUGUCCUCAGCGACCACAGCCUUCUGCUAGAUGACCACCACCUGGAAAAACUUGCUGCUCAAAUGCCAGCAAGGACCCGGGGUUAUCAAUGGCAGCUGGUCUACAGCACAGCCGUCCAUGGGAGCAGCCUGAAGACUCUGUACAGGAACAUGGCUGAGGUGGACAGCCCUGUGCUGCUGGUGGUCAAAGACAUG